CCUGGGGCUCUCUUCCCUUUCCAAUUUUUCCCUUGUAUUCUGUGUAUCUGUGCUUGGGUUUUCAGGCUUUUCCUUUAAUUUAACGCUUGAUGCCCGGUAUAUACGCAUAAUCUUUUCUUCUGCUACGGAUCUCGACUACCUGGCACACAGCCACCGUCUCCAGAGCUUCACGAACCGAUCCACACCUCACAACUUACGCAACCAUGCAUGCCUCACUAUGGCUGGUCUCAGCGCUCAGCGCCUCCGUCCUGGCUGCUCCCAAGUUUCCAGUGUUUAACACCAACACCGCCAUACCCGAAGGCCUAGAGGCCUUAUCGGACUACUUCAACCUGUUGGCGAGCAAGGUGCAACAGAACCGGCAUAACCAAGAAGCCCCGGCCUGCGACUUGUCCAAAAUACAGCAACCAACCGCCUCUCCACCCCUCCCACCAGUGGCGGCGGGUCUCCACCUGAAGCACAUCGCCAUCGGGCGCGGCACCCAAAACUACACCUGCGACGUCACCAACGCGACCGCGGCCCCGGUCGCCACAGGCGCAGUCGCCACCCUCUUCAACGCCUCGUGUCUCGCCUCCGCCCACCGGGACCUCUUCGGCACGCUCCCGCGCGCGUCGAUGCUGUUCAACCUAACCCUGCCGAGCGACAGCUCGGUGCAGCACCUGUUUCCCAGCAACCUCAACGUCAGCGGGCACCACUUCUUCAACGCCUCGGGCGUGCCCUUCUUCGACCUCGACACCGACCCGGACAUGCAGCUGGGCCGCCUGCCCUGCACCAAGAACGCCAGCAGCCCGGCCCCCGCCGACGCCGCCAGGGGCCAGAGGGGCGAGCCCGCCGUGCCGUGGCUGCAGCUCGUCGCCGCCGAGGGCGCCACCGGCGGGCUGCAGGAGGUCUACCGCCUCGGCACCGUGGGCGGGAGCGCCCCGGCCACGUGCGAGGGCAUGCCUGCUAACUUUGAGGUCCAGUAUUCUGCCGAAUACUGGUUCUACGAGGGGAAGCCCGAGACAGAGGACGUGUAGUUGCAUGACUUGA